GUAAAAGGGGCGGGGUCAAGGGAGGCUGUGCGCCUGCGCCGGCUUUGUUUACAUCCGGGCUUUUUUCUCCUCCUCCUUCCUGCGUGCGGGCUGGGAGAGAGUGACUCGGGCUCUGCCAUCAUGUCCCACGGGCACAGCCACGGUGGGGGCAGCUGUUGCCAUGGAGACGACGACCACGAGGAGCCUCCCGAGCGGCGCGGCCAGGCCUGGGGCCUCUACCUGCGCAUCGACCACCAGCGCCUGGAGUGCCUCAACGAGCGCAGGGAGGGCAGCGGCGCCCUCGUCUUCCGUGCCUGGGAAGACCGCGGCGACCGCCAGAAGUUUGUAGAAAGUGAUGACGAUGAAGAGCUUCUGUUUAAUAUUCCGUUUACUGGUAAUGUGAAAGUAAAAGGGAUUAUUGUGAUGGGAGAGGAUGACGAAACACAUCCAUCAGAAAUGAGACUAUUUAAGAAUCUUCCUCACAUGUCCUUUGAUGAUACUGCUAGAGAACCAGAUCAGAUGUUCAGCCUGAAUCGCGAUGUUACGGGAGAACUGGAGUAUCCUACAAAAAUUUCUCGCUUCUCAAACGUUCAUCAUCUCUCCAUCCACAUCUCAAAGAACUUUGGUGCUGAGACAACAAAGAUCUUUUAUAUAGGCCUGAGGGGAGAAUGGACAGAAGCCCAUCGGCAUGAAGUGACCAUCUGCAACUAUGAAGCGUCGGCAAACCCAGCUGACCACAAAGUUGAGCAGAUCACACCGCAGACACACUUCAUUUCGUAACUGCAGCAACAGACCGCUGGGCAAACAUGAAAGUGUUCCUUGAGGCUAGAAGGAGCAUCAUUGCUUUAAUUCUUUUUUGGUGUUUGGGUGUCUGCUUUGGAAAAGCAGGGCACUCAAUACUUGGCAGAUACUGUAGGUACAGAGCAUCUCACUGUUGCCAAGGACAGUCCCAAUUCAAGACCUUGCAAACCCUGAAGGAGUAGUUCUUGGAAAUACUGACCCUUUCCUGUUUGUCUUAACUACAUAAUUUCUACCCCAACUAGUGAACUGCAGUGCCUGUCAUUAGCUGUUGCGUUUGCUGCUGCCAUGCAUGAGGUGUAAGGUUGUUGGGUGACUUUGUGGGAUUGGUACACAAUCUGAGCUGACUUUGGAAUGUAGUUUAUGCAGCAGGGUGGAAAACUGGCGAGUUUAAUGGGAUUUUGGCUAAUUUCCAAGUGUGUUAAUAUGACUUAAGCAGAAGAGCAAUGACUGUGCACUGUAAAGAGUGCAAAAUGUAGUGUGCUAUUUGAUAAGCAUUGAUCAGUAGGUUUCUUAACUGCCUGAUCUGUUUCUCUGGAGAGCUGAAGACACUAGGGAUUGGUCUCUUCUAGCUCAGCUUUCUAACCAAUGUGGCUUAACUUUUAUUUUCUAAUAAAUAAUGGUAAAGAAUGA